CUUUUGGGUGGAUAUUUGACUCAUAAGGAGACUAACAUGAGAUUCCUCUCAAUUGAAGGAUUGUGUAACCUCUCAUUAACUGAAUUCUCUCGUGAAGCAGUUCGGAAGCACCAGGACACCGUACUGAAUACACUCAAGACUGAGAGAGAUGUGAGUGUUCGUCAGAAGGCCAUUGACCUGUUAUAUGCUAUGUGUGACCAUAGCAACGCUCAGACUAUAGUACAGGAACUGCUCCAGUAUCUGGAGAAGGCUGAUUACUCCAUCAGAGAAGCACUAGUUCUUAAAAUUGCCAUAUUAUCCGAGAAGUAUGCCAGUGACUAUAGCUGGUAUGUGGACACCAUUUUGAACCUGAUCAGACUAGCAGGAGACUACAUCAGUGAAGAGGUGUGGUAUCGCAUCAUUCAAAUAGUGGUCAAUAAACAGGAGGUACAGGGAUAUGCUGCUAAGACCUGCUUUGAGGCUCUGCAAGCUCCUGCUUGUCACGAGAACAUGAUUAAAGUGGGCGGGUACAUUCUCGGAGAGUUUGGUAACCUCAUUGCUGGUGACACUCGCUCUUCUCCUCUGAUCCAGUUCCAGCUACUACACUCAAAGUUCCCAUUCUGUUCCCUCACCACUCGCUCCCUCCUCCUCUCUACUUACGUCAAGUUCAUAAACCUUUACCCCGAGAUUAAGACCCACAUUCAAGGUGUCUUUGAACAGGACGGGCAGAGCCGUAACUCCGACCUUGAGCUCCAGCAAAGAGCAAUAGAGUAUCUUAAACUCUCGCAUAAAGCUGACGUGGACAUAUUGGCUACCAUAUUUGAAGUGAUGCCAGUCUUUCCAGAAAAGGAUUCUCUUCUUCUUUCAAAGCUCUACCAAACUGCUCCGUGGAUGGCUAAACUUCACGAGUCCCCUGAAACUCAAAAACGAGAAACUGAUCCAGAACCAAUAGCAGCUGCCAGGCCCACCCCACCCUCAGCCGGAGGAGAUGCAUCUGAUCCCAUAUAUGCUCAAGUUAAUAAACCAAAACAAGCUUCUAUAUUUGGCUCUCCUGCAGCAGCCACGCCUCCAACGACCACACCCACUGCAAACGAGUUCUCACUAAUUGACGUCAGUCCAGCCCCAGCCCCUGCUCCAGUAACUGCCCCUUCAGUGACUGCUCCUGUAGUACCAACUGAACCAGCUCCUCUUAGCCUAUCGCCUGAAGCUGAACAAUCUUUUAAAAGGUUUGUGAUUAAGAACAGUGGUGUCCUGUAUGAGAAUCAUGCUCUUCAAAUUGGAGUUAAAUCGGAGUUUAAUGGCAAUCUAGGUCGUAUUGGUAUCUUCUUUGGAAACAAGUCAAACUCUUCACUUGUCAACUUUUCAACUGAGAUAACCACACCCUCUGAAUCUGCUAGUGGUUUGACGAUUGAGUCCAAACCAGUCCCUCAGACCAUUGAUGCAGGGGCCCAGGUCCAACAGAUCAUUAACGCUGAGUGUUUGGGAGUUUUCCUGGAAGCACCUUUAAUGAAAGUCUCAUUCACUACUGGUGGUUCUCCGCAGCAGUUUCUUGUUAAAAUCCCUAUCAUGUUGCACAAGUUUUCAGAGAAGGUCACUAUGGAUAGUCCGACCUUCUUUUCACGUUGGAAGCAGCUGGCAAAUCCUGCCCAAGAAAGUCAAAAAAUAUUCACUACCACACAACCAAUGGACAAAGAAACAGCCUCUACCAAACUGACUGGAUUUGGUUUCUCAGUGCUAGAAGGAAUUGAUCCUAAUUCUGAUAAUUUUGUGAGUGCCUGUAUUGUGAAGACGAAGAAGGUUUUGGUCGGUUGCUUGCUACGUCUUGAGCCAAACCAUCAGACAAAACAAUAUCGCCUGACCUUGAGGACCAGUCAUGAGUCGGUGUCAAAGAAUUUCAAUGAAUUGAUUUCUGAGCUAUUCUAGGACGAUAUUAUUAUUUAUAAACUGCUUCCAUUAUUAAAACACAUUCUCCCUCUCUCUCUCAGUUUCUAAUCUCCUCCCU